AUGACGGGUUUCUUCGACUCGCGCUUGUGGAAUGAUCUAGUCCUCCCCUUGAGCCACUCCGAGCGAGCAGUCACUCAUGCCGUUGUGGCACUAGCUGCUUUGCAUGAAGACCUCCAAUCGCGAGGAGCCCCUCUUUCGCGCGAAGAUUUAACAAAUUGUCGCCAGAAGUUUGCACUUGGUCAGUAUGGUCGAUCCUUGGCUGCGUUAAAUGAGCGGCGAUAUUCGCAAGAUCCGAAGCUGCGUGACGUGCUCCUCACUUGCUGCCUGUUGUUUGUAGCGAUCGAUGUACUUCGCGGCCAAUAUGACCCGGCGCUAUUACAUUUGAAAAAUGGGCUUGCGAUAAUUGAAGAAGAGAGGCAACUCUCUAGCAAAGAAUCUGGCGUCCUGGCUUGUCGUACGGCUGUUGAACAGAUGCUCCUGGCGACUAUGGCUCGCUUGGAGACUCAGUCUGCUUUCUUUGGACUACCUCCUCUAAUCAGUUUCAGUCUAAGCUUUACGAUUGAUUAUUCGGGUGGGGCUGAUAUUAGAACCGUUCGAGAAGCACGAACAGCCCUAGAUAAGCUGUUGGCCAGCAGCGUUCGUCUCUUUGUGGCCGUUCAUGAAUUCCCAGUCAAAGAUCGUGUCGCCCAUAUACAUCCCGAGUUGGCAGCCAAACAGCACAGAUUAAUAGCUCAAUUACGCGAAUUUGGGCAACAACUUGACGUGUCCAUGACUCAUUUUAUUCGUCUGACAGAAUCAAAAGAACAGCGAGGGCUUGAUUUGAUUCUCCUACAUCACAUCACAUUCUCAGUACUGGUGGAGACUUUACUUUGCGGCCACGAUCAGUCAAUUUACAGCACAUAUAUCACCAGCUUCCAACGAAUGAUGAUUUUGUCAAGCAAGAUAUCCCAAAGCUUCAAGAGGGAUAGCGCGACGGGCACUAGGCCCACAUUACUUCUGGACAUGGGCAUCAUUCCAUCUCUGUUCAUCAUUUGCUGGAAAUGCAGGAAUUCCGCUCUAAGACAUCAGGCCCUAUACACUCUUGAAGAAUGGCCUCAUCGCGAAGGUCUUUGGGAUUCCCGUCUGCUCGCUAUAUUUUCACGGCAAGUUAUUCAGCUUGAGAAGGAGGUACUGGCUGAGUCAGGCGAUCCAAAUACUAGUUCACAGAUACUGGACCAUUCUCUUGAAGUAUCUGAUGAUCAGUCACACGCAAUACUCAAAUAUACAACCCAGGAACCGGGGAAAGAAGCAUUGGAACAGAGCAGAGUCAUAACACUCGAUAAAGAGAAAUGA